UCAGGAACACUCGUUCCGUUGCGUACGACAUUUAUUGUAGCUGCAUUGGCGCCAUUCAGAAGCACUUGGACAGUUGCUGUCCUUCGGCUCAGACUGUGUUUGUCCACUGUAUUUUAUUCAAUCGCGUGUACUUAGUAUCGAACAUCCGUUUCUCCUUCUGGAUCACUGUGACUAUCCACAAUGGCCAAAGUUCAGCUGUGCAACGUUGUUGUCUUGGACAAUCCCUCGCCAUUCCUUAACCCGUUCCAGUUUGAAUUAACCUUCGAAUGUAUUGAAGAACUGAAAGAAGAUCUGGAGUGGAAGAUGAUUUAUGUUGGCUCAGCAGAAAGUGAAGAACAUGAUCAAGUAUUAGAUACUAUCUAUGUCGGUCCCAUUCCAGAGGGAAAGCACAUGUUUGUGUUUCAGGCUGAUCCUCCAGAUGUUAACAAGAUCCCUGUUGCUGACGCUCUUGGUGUAACAGUCGUUUUACUUACCUGUUCAUACCGCAGUCAGGAAUUUGUCAGAGUUGGUUAUUUCAUAAAUAACGAGUACAAUGAUCCUGAACUCCGUGAAAACCCGCCAACUCAGCCUCAGUUUGAUAAGGUUCACCGCAAUAUUCUUAGCUCCCAGCCUAGAGUAACCCGCAUUAAGAUUAAUUGGGAUGACUCUGAGACUUCAACCAAUACGGAAUCCAAUCAAGUGGUUAGUGAAGAAACAAUGGAUGCUCUUCCUGGCACCAGUGAAUCUACCUCUAAUGGUAUAUCUGCCAUAGGAUUUAGUGAAAAUAGUAGUCAAAGUGCAAUGGAAGUGAUGUGAACGUAGUUUUGUAUUUUUUACUUUUAUCAUUACUUUAAGUCUCAUUUCACCAAUUUCAUCCUAGUAUAUUUUAUCGGGCAGGACCACUAUUUGAUAUGUCUUUUCACCACUUGUAAAUUUUACUUAAUGAUGGGAGCUGAAGUCCAUCGAUUGUUCAGUGUUGUUGUUAAUGAAUUGUCUGUUGGUGCCAGUCUACCGAGUUUGUUGUUCAGUAUAUAAAUUGUCUCUGCAUAUGUAUGCAUAUCCAACAUGAAGUCAUUUUAUGAAAUCAAAAUGUUAGUAAACUUCAUGUAGAUUUUACAUUUUGAAUUUUAAAACUCUAGGCAAGCUCAGACAUUAGUCACAUUGUACUGAAAUGCAUACUUGAUUGCAAUUGGCAUGUAUCUUGUGCAUAUUUCUAAGUUUAAAUUAUAUCUUUUUACAAACUUGCAA